UGUUCCACCGGAGCAUCUCUCUCCUUCUGCUCUUCCUCUUUCUCCACCGCCCACUUCUUCCCAACCAUUGAUCCCGACCACUCACCGCACCGCCGCCUCAUCGCCUUGCCCCGCUGCGCUUUUCUGUAUUUUUCUUUUUUUUUUUCUUUUUUUAAGGGGAGGAUAACCAGCAUAUUUUUGGGACCAAAUAAACCUCCCCUACCUCCCUCCCUGCCUCCCUCCUCAUCACCAUGGCGAGCACCGAGGAUAAAGCGGCCAGCAAGGAGAACACGUCCAGCUGGAAGGACUCCAUCUACAACCCGAGGACCGGGGAGCUGCUGGGUCGCACGGCCAGCAGCUGGGCCCUCAUCCUGCUCUUCUACCUGGUCUUCUACUGUUUCCUGGCUGGCAUGUUUGCCCUGACCAUGUGGGUGAUGCUGCUCACUCUGGAUGACUAUGUGCCGAGGUAUAGGGACCGUAUUCCCAAUCCAGGACUGGUGAUCCGUCCAAACUCUUUGGACAUCUCAUUCAACAAAUCCGAUCCGCAUAAGUAUGCGCAGUAUGUCAAGAACCUGGAAUCUUUCCUUCAAAGAUAUAAUGAUACGGAGCAGGAGGGGAACGAGGACUGCAUUUCUGGACAGUACACCCUGCAGGAGGAUGAGGAGGGAGUGUCGAAGAAAGUAUGUCACUUCAGGAGGGCCCUCCUGAGUUUCUGCUCCGGCCUCUCUGACACUAACUUCGGAUACCAUGAAGGAAAUCCCUGUGUGCUGCUCAAAAUGAACAGGAUCAUCGGCCUGAAGCCACACGGAGAUCCCUACGUUAACUGCACCGUCAAAAAAGACAACCUGAUCCAAAUGCACUAUUUUCCCAAAGAGGGGCGCUUUGACAAGAAGUAUUUCCCUUACUAUGGCAAGAAAGCCCAUGAGAAUUAUGUGCAGCCCCUGGUGGCUGUGAAGUUGAUGCUCACCAAGGAGGAUUAUAACAAGGAGCUGACUGUGGAGUGCAAGGUGGAGGGCUCCGACCUUCGCAACAACGACGAAAGGGACAAGUUCCUGGGCCGUGUCACCUUUCGGAUCAAGGUUGUGGAGUAAAAAGGCGAAGGCAGCUUUGUGUUUCUAAAAAAAGGAAGGAAGUGUCAAAUAUGUCACAAAGAUUUGUUUUUGUAAUUUCCGGAUGUGGUAUCUAUGUUUUUAGCAGAUAAAAGUUUGGGUUCCAACAGAGGAGGCAGUUAGUAUGAGAUGUUGCUUUGAUGACCUUUCUGACCCUUCUUUCCAUUGUGAUUUCUUGCUGAUCUCUUCAAAGAUCCACAGAACAAAAAUUUCUGGACCAGAAAUUCUUGUCCAUCCCUGAUGCACCGUUCAUCCUCUACCUAGUUUAGAUCUUUUUUUUUAGUGCUGAUGUGAUUUUAUAACCUAUAGCCAUUGGAACCAAGCUGUUUGGAGCUGUUGUGUAAUUGCUGAUACUUUUUUUCUUUUUGAAAAGAACCACCUUUCAUUUGUAACCUUCCUCCUGUCAGGAUGAGUGUGUUGUUUCCCCCUCUGAAUCUGUAUGAGGGACCCUGUUACUUGCUGAUGUUGCAAAGAUGUUGAUCUUGCUGUAUAGUAGAGCUGAAAAAAUAGAACAUUUCCAACUUAUCUCUCAUCUCAAAGACGUCAUCAAGACAUACCUUGAGAAUCAAGUAUAGCUAAUAUAUCCUUGUAUAUGAAAUGUCAAUUCCAAACUCCCUUUUAACCAUAAAUACAUAGUGAUCUUAAGCAUAUUUAGAGAACUAUAGAUAGAUCUCUGUAUUGCGGCACACAAAGCUGCAGUCCAGUCUUGUGCCGUGUGUGUGUCUGGCUGUUUGUCCGUCUGCAUGUGUAUUUGUCCGUCUGUCUGUCUGUCUGCCUGUUUUCCUGUUGGUCCACCUCUCCACUGCCGCAGCCAACACGUGAGUGAGUCCCUCCAGGGCUGGAUGAGCUGCCUCGCUUGGGGCGGCAGUGUGUAUGGAUGGUGGCUGAGAAGGUACAGAGAGGGUUUGCUGCUUGAGGCGGAGAGGAACUAGAGAAGUAUAAUGAAAAAUAACUACAACUAUGUACUGUAUAUCUUUACGUGAUCUGUAUAUCUAUCUGGGUCUCAAAGAUUGUUUGUUAGUUUACUCUCUUCUUCAGCUUGUUUAUCUGAUUGUCUGCUGAUCUAUUACUCUUUAAUGUACAUAUAUAUAAAUAUAUACACACUCACACACACACCCACACACACAAUAUCAACCAUAUUUACCUAAUUCACACUGUAUUUUCGUCACAAAACAUAAUGUCUGUGCACUGUAAAAAAAAUAUAUAAUUUAAGCAAAGAUUUACAAAAGAUUAUCUUAUUCAAAGCUAUGUUUACACAGUCUUAAAAGGAACCCAUAUUUAAAGGAACAACCUGUAACAUCUCUUCAGGGUGCCUUAAGACCUGAUGAAAUCAAUUGUGGAAUAAAAGUGAUUUUGAAGAUAAAAA